CUGUAGGAAGUAACUUCACGGUUGGUGCAACGUCAAAAUGUUUUGACGCAAAAAUGCUUUGUUGAGAUCGGAAGAGAAGAGGGAAGGAUUGAUAUAACUCAAAGUGUGUUAACAAGGAAAAUUAGACUGCAGCGCUGUUAUUUUGCAGUUACACCUGCAAAGGUCCAAUUUACCUUUAACAAAAGCGCGUUAAAUAAAUAAAAUAUGCUCACAGUUGCGUUGCCAGUGAAAUUUCUUUCCGGAACAGAAGUGGUACUCGCACUGUUUUUUAGUUACACGUUUAAUAAAAAAGAUUUAACAACAUCAAAAAGCACCGUAAAUUAAAUUGCUGCGAUGUGUUUUUUAAUACCAUAUAAUGUGAUUCACGAUGCAUGCAUCAAAACACUUUUCAACCGAUUGUGAGUGUGUUUCUGAUCAACCAAAGUGGGAUUUCUCAUACUUGAAAAUUUAGUGCGAGAGCGCGAGGCAAGAUUCGUUCAUCAACGACGAAGGAGGGAAGGGCCAUGACAAAUGUUCGAUACCAGCUACAAAGUUCGGUGCCCCAACGCCACGACGCUUUCACGACCGCUUUUUGGCCGAUAGCCCGAGAGAGAUCGAAACGAGAAAUUAUCGAAAAUUAGAAGAGAUGGACUCGCUGGAGCGUCUAAUGAGUUCCCGUUCUCACCAUCCGGCUCUCACGGCAGCCACGCGAUCGCAGAAUGCCUUUGUACAGGCUAAUCUCUGUUCCGUGAUAGGCCGCAAAGGGCGACACCUCAACGGAACUUUUUGUUUAACCGGGGAUACGAUGGAAGGCAUCAUACAGUGUCUGGUCUUCCUCAAAGCUUUUUCGGUACGUAUAAUCGAGUCAAAAUGGAAUGCCGCUUCUCGGAUAUGACGUACGUGCCGCGAAACGUGAGUGUGGUCAGUGUGGUCAGACGGUGCCGGAGCGUUGUAA